AUGUUCGUUGAAAACAAUUGUAAUUUGAUAAUAAUAUUUCUGAUUACAAUUGUGUGCUGUUCUAUAGUAUAUAGGAAAUCGAAAAUAAGUUAUAUUUCACAAUUAUGGAGGAAUUUUAUUCAUUUGAAGAAUUCUAAGAAAUGUAUCAUCAUUUUACGUGAAAUUAAUGGUCGACUUGGCAAUAAUUUAUUUCAAUUUGCUGUUGCUUAUGGUUUAUCACUUAAUCGAUCAUGUCAAUUAUACAUUAGUUCACAUUUUAUAGCGAGACUUAGUGCUUCGUUCGAUAUUAAUUUACGUAAUCUCGCACCAGAAUCUCGUUUAAGUUUUUAUUCAAAUUCGACUGAAAUAAUCAAUACUCAUUGUACAUUUUAUCCUCAUCUCUUGAAUCCAAAUAAUAAUUAUUCAUUAGAAUUAUCGGGAUUUUGGCAAGUUUGUAGAUAUUUUAUUGAUUAUCAAAAACAGAUAAAACAACAAAUACGUUUUAAAGAAUUAACUUUAGAUCAUGUUAAUAAAUUUCUGAAUAAAAGUAUCAAUAGGCAUAAUUCAACUCUUGUAGGUAUUCACAUUCGUCGCGGUGAUUUUCUCUUAAUUCAUCGGCCUGUUUCAUCAGAUAAAUAUAUAUUUAAUGCUAUGUCAUAUUUUCAACUCAAAUAUCAUUUAGUGACAUUUCUGAUCGUAUCAGAUGAUAAAUUAUAUUGUCAGAAACUAUUUAAUCACACAAACAAUGUUUUAAUAACACCGAAAUCGUUUGCUGCAAUUGAGGAUUUAGCGAUAUUAACUAUGUGUGAUCAUCUUAUUCUUACAGUUGGAACAUUUGGAUGGUGGGCUGGAUUUCUUUUAAAUAAUAAAUCAGGUGAAAUCAUAAUUGAUUCGAAACCUGAUCCUUCUCCUCUUGAUGUCAAUUGUAGACAAGAAGAUUAUUUUCCACCUUGGUUUUCAUUUUUAAAUAAAACUAAUUAA